AUGAAUAGAGGUGUGGUACAAAGCUCACCAGUUCAACAAAUGAUGGCUAGUAACCCUAUUUGGUGGAACAUCAAUAACAUGAGGCCUCCAUCUCCACAACCUCCUCCUUUCUUUUCUACUCCUAAUUCUAACUUUCUCAUCCCUAAUUUUUCACCAAAUUCUUCUUCUUCCCUUCCUUUUCCUUCUUGGUAUGAUAAUCAUCCAGAGCUUCCGGAAUCUUGGAGCCAACUACUCAUGAGUGGAAUUGUUGGUGAGGAAGAUAAGAUUGGAAUGAGCCAAUUUCAAAAUCAAAUGCUAAUAACUGAAGCUCCAAAUUCUUGUCUUGUUGAUAUUAAACAAGAAAGCUCGGGAAAUAGCUAUGCAUAUGGACAUGGAAAUGAAGAACUUAAUUCAUGUGUCACAAGUUUCAACACCAACAACAUGUUAGAUUUCUCUAACAAUAAUAAUAAUCAUAAUAAUUCGGAUUUGAUUCAUCAACCACCAGAUCUAUCUUCUGAGUGCAAUAGCACUCUAUCUGGUGGGGCAAUGAAGAAAGCUAGGGUUCAACAAGCUACUACAACUCAAUCAAGCUUCAAGGUUAGGAAGGAGAAGUUAGGCGACAGAAUUACUGCCCUUCAUCAGCUUGUUUCCCCAUUUGGAAAGACUGACACAGCCUCUGUCUUGUUAGAAGCUAUUGGUUAUAUCAGAUUCCUUCAGACACAAAUUGAGGCUCUUAGCUUACCAUACCUCAGCAAUGGAUCUGGAAACACAAGACAACAUUCAGUUCAAGGAGAUAAGAAUUGUUUAUUUCCUGAAGACCCUGGUCAGCUGCUACAUGAACAUAGUUUGAAGAGGAAAGCAGUUGAAGAGGUUUCUCAAGAAGAAUCAAAGAAGGACCUAAAAAGUAGAGGCUUAUGUCUUGUUCCAGUGUCAUGCACACUUCAAGUUGGGAGUGACAAUGGAGCUGAUUAUUGGGCACCUGCCCUAGGAGGAGCCUUUCGUUAG